AUGUCGGAGCCUUUCCCACAAAACCCUGAGAACCGUCAGCUGUUGCAAGCUACCAGAUUUGCCCGGAUCUACAAGGAUGGAUGCUACGUUAUAAAGACUAUCACUCUGGAUUUUACAGUGCCCCCACAUAAUCAUCGAGCAGAGUUAUCCAUACUGUCAAAACUUUCUAAGCUCAAUAAUCCUUUCAUCAUCAAGUUAAUUAACAGUAGAUCGCUCGAUGGAGAUCUGGAAUUGCUUUUCCCUCGAUACAGGAACGACUUACAUGAGUUUAUGCGCAAAUGCUACAAAUUGUCGACCAAAGCUGUUAUGAAGAUAAAUCCAUAUUACACACUUUCUGCAAAGGUACCAAUUCCACCUCAGGGAUCUUUUCAAAAUACUUUCGAUGUUAAUAAAUACGCUUAUGGAUUCACUUUACAAUUAGCGCGAGGUCUUCAAUUCCUACAUCAAAAUGGUAUCAUUCAUCGUGAUAUAAAACCGCAAAAUAUCCUCGUGAACCACGCUGAUGAGAUGAAACUUGUAAUUACAGAUUUUGGCAUAUCUUAUGACUAUAGCGACACAGUUCAGUCACGGGAAGAACCUCCGACCGAGAAGAUUACAGACGUAUCGACAUCUAUCUACAAGGCGCCCGAGUUACUGUUUGGUGUUAAAAAUUACUCUUUUGCAGUUGAUAUAUGGGCCUUGAUGGUUAUCGUUUCUCAGUGGUUCCAGGAGAGUGCACAUAACCCUUCUCGACAUAUCCCAGCUACAUUUGAUGACGGCUCUGGAAGAUUUGAUGACAAUGAUACAGGAAGCGAUAUUAAAUUGAUCCUCUCAAUUUUCAGCCAAUUAGGUAUUCCUGCAAUUAAAGACUGGCCCGAAGUAGCCCAUUUUGGAACUUCUGAUGCGUUUAGCGGUAUGUUUGGCUCUGAAGGCGAUGGCAAUUAUUUUGGCGAUGAUGAACCUGAAUCAAGAUCUAAAAGACUUGAUACUCUGCUCCCCAGGCUUCGAGAAAUUCAAAAUAACGAUCAGAAAGCUGCAUUGAAGGAUUGUAUAGUGGGGAUGCUCCCUUUUGAAUCUAGCGUGCGUUGGACUAGUGGCCACCUGGUUCAAAGGCUCACUUUAUAG